GUCACUAGCCCCGCCCCCCGCCUCGUGCGUGCCCCAGCGUCGCCGGUCAGCUGCACGAGACGCGCGGCAUCUCGUGUCAGAUGCGAACAAGUGUCAGUGAGCGUCAGUGAGCGUCAGCGACCGCGUCGGUUCUGUCCACGGUCGCCUCGUCGUCGGCGGAGAGCCGGACACCGUCUUCCCCCUGAGACAGCGGUGUCAGUCCGAGGCACGUCCCCGCGCUCCGGGGGAGGGAGCCGGGCGGUUGGCGGCUCUUUGUACCCGCCGCACAGUGAACAAGAGAUAUGAGUUGGGCUGAGGAGGACUGGACGGUGGGCCUGUCUGGACAGGUCCUGCAAAAGGUGAAGGAGUUGCAGAUCCAUCAGGAGCGACUGUCCAGAGAGAGCAAGCAGAAACAGCUACAGUUGGACAAAGUCCAAACGAGCCUUGAAAAACAGACUGUUAAGUAUGAGGAGGUACGUGGGGAGCUCCAGUCUGUGCAGAGGGAGCUCCAGAGUGUUCGUGACGAGGCCAAGGCAGCAGUGAUCAGCAGGGAGCGCCUGGUUCAGGAGCUUCAGACCAAGCAGGCACAAGUAUGCUCUUUCGAGGGCCAGCUAGACUCUGCCCGCUCCCUCAACAACAAGCUCACCCAGGAAGUCAAAAGGCUGGAGGCUGAGCUUGAGAAGCUACAGAACAGCAGCAGAGCAGCAGAUACAACUUUGUUUUCUACUCCAUGCUGGAAUACGACCUCACCCUGGGAACACAAUGAGAGCAGAAAGGAGGAGGAGAAGCCUUGGCAUCGAGAUGAAGCACAGAGCACAGCACUUCACAUCCGGCAGCGGCUCCAGUUCUCAGACAAUUCAUUGCCAAGACAACAACACAAGAGCACACCCCACCACCAUCUGUCUGACCAAUCAGAGUCCUUCUCCACUCCCUCGGCUGCAUUUCCGUGGGAACGGGAUGACAGCAGGCCAAAAACCAGGAGACCAUCCCCGGCCUCUCCCCAGACGCCCAGCACUGAUGUCAUCAGUCGAGGCCAGCCGGCACCGGGGCUUUAUGGGAAGGAGAUGGAGCUCAGGACAGAGACAGACAUAUCUGUAUCAGAAAUUCAGAGUCGCUUGGCGUGUUUGGAGGAGGAGCUGUCUGCGAAGGCCCGGUCGUUGAAGUCGAUUCAGAACGACUUAAUGCAAAGCAACAAGGAGCUCGCCGCCCGAGAGCUCAGCCUGCAGAAAGCUGGCACCGAGCUCAGCCUGGCACGCACACGCAUGACCCAGGAGGGUGAACGGGCAUCAGGAGCUGAGCAACGGUUGAAGCAGUUGCAAGAGGAGCUGAGGUGUCAGAGGCAAAAUACAGAGAGCAGCCGACUGCAGCACCAACAGCGCGCUAAGGAUCUGGAGAAACAACAUCAGAGGGAUUUGACAGAGCUUCAGAAGGAGAGGCAGUGUCUGGAGAAGCAGCAUCAGCAGGAGGUGAAUAAGCUCAACCAGGAGCUCCAGCAGGCCAGGACGCUCCACAAUGCCCUGCAGGCCCAGGCUGACAAGCUGUCUCUACAGAAACAAGCGCUGGACAAAGAGUUGGACACGCUGAAAGAGAAACUGAAGUGGACGGAGGGACAGCUGAAGGAGAGCCAGAAGAAAGAAGCACAGACACAAGCCAGACUAACGGAGGCGAUGCGCGAGGCAGAGGGUGCGGCAGUGAGUCUGGAGCAGAGUAGGAAGAGAGAGCGAGGUCUAGAGGAAGAGGGGAGGAGACUGGCCGAGGAGCGAGCCGACGCCCUGUGUCUCCUCAAAGAACUUCAGGAGCAAAAAGCUGCACCAGAACCUUUACAAACUGUGCAAUUUUGUCCCGUUGGACAGAGUUUCUCCCCUCAGCCUUCAUACGCUCUUCAUUCUCGACCGUCAAGUUACACUAAGAGGCCCGCCACCACUACCCGAGCCGAACAGAGGAAGGAAGAGGAGUACGUGGACGAGAAAAGGGUAGAGAUUACAGCAUCUUACCCUCCUGACAGAGAGCCAGGAGAAGGCAUCGACUCUGAACACAUCACUGACCUCACAGACUCUGAGAGUUUACAAAGGGAAGGACACAGAAGGAACAAGGAAGAUAACCUGGGUAUAAAUGAGGCGAUAGAGUGUGACAGCUCUGGAACAAAGAAGCACUCAGCAUUUAAUAAUGUUCUCUCUAGUUUCUCUCACUCCACUGCUGGUAUGCCCACCAUCACCAGUUUGACGCCUCCUGCCGAAAAGACACCUCCUGUCAAGCCAGAGCAGGUCAAGGCCUAUGAAGAACUCCAGAGGGAGAAUGCCAUGUUGCGUUCAGAGAUGAAUGAUGUACGUGAAGAACUCCAGAAACGGCUGGAAGACCUGGAAGCCCAACGACGAGCCGAGGCAGAAGCCAGAACUCGGCUCAAACAGCUCAGCCGCAAACAUGCCAGUCAGACUGUGGAGAAGGAGGAGCAGGAAAAGGAAUGGAGGGCACAGCUGGAUAGUGAGAGGUCUGAGAUGGAAAGGUUGAGGAAGACCAUGGCUGCUUUGGAGACAGAGAUGAAGAUCAGAAAGGAGGAAAGACAAAAGACAGAGAGAGAGGAGGAGGAGGAGGUGGAUAACAAAGCGCUAGAAGACAGAGAGAGUGAAUUGAUUGAACUUAAUAUCCAGCUAAAGAAGCAGCUAGCAGGUGUGAAAGCCCAGUUGGCAUUAGAACAAGAGGAGAGGAACCAAAUAACAAACACAGAAAAAGAUGUGAAAAAAGAGUUGAGCACAAAACUGGCAGAACUUAAAGCUGAAUUGGAGGGACUGAAGCGCAACAGAAAAGAAGAGGAGAAAAGAGGAGAGGAGAAACUCUCAGUUGCCAACAGCCCCUUGACGUACCUCACUCUACAUGAUGAUGAGCUCAACUCCAACAUUGUUCACUGUGAAAACAAACUCCUUCCUUCUCCAGAGCAGCACCUCCUCUUCUGCCAGUCCACCAACCAACUCAACAGGCUUGUAUCUCAGGGAACAGCAGAUCUAAUUCAAGAAGAACAAACCGUGAAAGUUCCAGAAUGCUCACCUCUGUCAGAUAAGCGGCAAACGGGUCCAUUGGCCUCUGACCUGGAGGACGACAGACAAAACAAUCAGGGAGGGUCUCUGUCAGACCAGAGAGAGGAACCUUCUCAACCCCAGACAUGUGAAUCUGCUCCCGCAGAUUUGUCAAAAGAGGUGACGCGCCUGCAGAAGGAGAAAGCAAAGGAAACAGAACGUGCCGACCAGAACCAGAUUAAACUAGAGGCCCUGCAGAGCCAGGUGACGUGUCAGACCCAGCAGCUGACCAUGGCCUUUGACAAGCAGAGUCAACACAUCUCAGGCCUUCUAGCUGAGCUACAGGAGAAGGAGAGUGCCCUCCUCAGCCAGGGAGAAGAACUGCAGCAAUGCAAACAAGAGCUGGAUGCUUUCAUAGCCGAAAAAGAGGUCAAAGGGGUGGGGGGUGAAGCUCGAAGAGAAGAAAGGCGAAAUGAGAAGUCGGAGGACACCAUAGAGCUACAAUCCAAUGAGGAAAAGGACAGCGUGGUCACCGUCCACACUACGAGUUCACUGGCAGACGCGGGCUCUACUGCACAGCGAGAGGAAGGUCAAACUAAGACCGCUGCCGAAACACCAACACUCGUUAGCAGUGAAGAGGACGAUGAAGCACUAUUGUUCGGGGAACGUCCAGGCUCUGUGGACUCUCAGACUGAGAGCAGCCAUGAGUGCAUCUUGAGUGAGUGUAGUCAAGAUGGAGCAACUGCAGAUGUGGUUGCAGAAUUGCUCGUUCUGCGUCAGGAGAAUCAGCUGCUGAAACAAAGAAUAAAGGCCUUGACUGUCUCCGACACCAACAGCCUGGCAUUACAGACUGACCGUAAAAACCGAGAAGACAAGCAAAGUCAAAACCCAGGAAAUGCUGUUCUGUUGUGCUUGACAGAGCACAGGCCAGUUAGUGUGCAGAGUAACAUCACCACUGAGGGACAGGAGUCACUACUGCAGAAUGAGAGGAGGAGGGGAGAUGAAGGAGGAGAUCUUAAAAGGGAAGAUAAAGGUACAACAGGGGUUGAAGAAGAAGAGAUGGAGGAAUUGUCUCCUCUUCAGAUCAACCACCUUGAGCAACAGGUGGUGGCGCUGCAGAUGAAGCUACGGGCUCUCUCUGAGGAAACCCAGCAGCAGACCGAGGAGCUCGCUCUGUGGAGACUGGCCUCCCAACCAGCUCCAACGUUUGACCAAUUCCAAAACCAGGACCAGAGCUCUGCUGCUGGUUUGACUGAUGAGACGACCCACAUCCCACCGGGGACCGAGAGCCGGGCUCCGAGUCAGGAGAGCCCCAGUAACGUGGCCGUCAUCAGAGAGGAUGAGCUAUUCCUCUCCUGUUCCUCUAACAAGCUGCAGGGCCGCAUGUUGUUCUCCAGACUGCAGCACAACAACCUUCCUGAAACAAAGAGUUUCCAUUCCUCCAAAAAGAUGGCAACACUUCAGGAAUACAACCAGAACGCUGCCAAGAUUGACGAGGAAUCUGAAAAAGAAAACCAGAAGAUAAACCUAAUACAGCGGUCGGAUACCUGUCCACCCCAACACAAAGAGAACAGAGACACUGAACUCAUCCACAAGUCAUUGGAGAAAACGGGUCAACGCGUUACCAAAGGACCAAAUGAGACCAAAACCACAGAGUGUCACACGGGGAACCCUGUGGCCAAUCCAAACGCUUCCAGAACAACCAGUGAAAUGAACACUAGCAGUGAUUCGUCAGAGAAAGCCAUCAGGACAGAAAUGACAAGUGUCAGCAGUCAGACGGAGGAGAGCUUGUAUCCUCACGCUGCUCAAACAGCAUCUGAGCUCCACUGUGCUUACACACAGACUGAGGAGGAGGAGGAGGAAGAAGAGGAAGUAGAUUCACCUCCGAUCUCCCCCAUCCCAUCAUCUUUGGGGGCAGAGUCAGGAGUCAAGAUGUUGUUUUCAGGUUCCUUCCCCAUCCCAUCUGACCCAGCCCGUCUGGCUGAAAGAAUCCGCCGCAACAGGACGCAGCUGUCUGCCGCCUUUGACGACACCGAGUAUGAACCGUACGGACUGCCAGAAGUCGUCAUGAAAGGUUUUGCCGACAUCCCCAGUGGCCCCUCAUGUCCCUACAUUGUGAGAAGAGGUUUGUUGGGGACAUCUGUCCUACCUGUCCCUCAGAAAGACCUGGGACAGGAAGAGGAGACCGAUUGAAGCACAGCUACAGGUAACCUCCAGACAAAGGCCCUAACCAACACUGUGUCAGUUUGGACUCAAUCCAAGACUCAAGGGGAAGUUUAUACUUUCAUGUCGGUUGUCUACAGAUGGAAGUGAACUGAUCACUAAUCACCUCAGUGAUGGACGACAGCAGCGCUGCAAAAACAUUCACCAGCAACAUGAAGCACUUCAGUCCUUUAAACCAAUGCAGGACCAGUUUAAAAACAAAACAAAAGAUGCAUUCAACCAUGGACUUGAAGUUAAGUGUUUGCAGGUAACAGUGGCUGAACAAACACUUCUGCUGAGGAUCUAAAAUGUCUUAAUUUAUCCUGUGAUUGCUGCGUCAUGUUGCAGUGACUUCACACCCACCUGUGUACUGAGGUGCAGAGGCGGUAAUACGGUGAAGUUUGUUGACGUAAACCACUAAAACAAAGGGACUGUUUAGUUUGAAGUAACUCAGAUGAAGCACGUGGGUCCGGCCACGGCCCACUUUGAAUGAACCGGUGCCCAGCUGAUGCUUUUCUAAAAAAAAAGAAAAGAAACACUUGUCAAGAUAAGUUUGACUUGUUUUCCAAAAGGGUGAAGCCAAGAAAGCCUCUUGUGAAAAUGUCAUAUAUAUAUAUAUAUAGUUUUUUUUCUUUUAAAUUCAUGAGGUGGCUUAUUUAUGGACACUUGAAUGUGUUUUAGUAGAGGACGGGUGUUUACAAAACUUGUGUUAAACCGUAGAGAAAAUGUGUGUGUGACAUUAGUUGUGAAUAAAACGUGUGUCCUCUUGACGCGUGUGCCCGCGCGUGUGUGUGAGAGGACUGAAUACAUGUCUAUGACUCAGUCUAACUCGUAUUGGUUUCCGCUCCAUGUAUGGUGAUGAACUCUGCUCCCUCUCCUCCCUCUGCUGCUCUGCUUCUCCUACUUACACUAAUGAGCCUCAUUAGUCAGUAACUCUGUGAUGAACUAAACAUAUAUUUAAUCCAUUAGCAGAGCACACAGGAGGGAAUCAGCUGCUUUUAUCAUAUUUAAUUUAUUUGUUUUGAUGGCUUUUGUUUCUUGCACAUUUGUUACUGUGCCAUAGACAUGAGCAGCCCACGUGUCUAUACUUCAGGUUGUGUAGAUGAGUUUUGGAGUUCAUGUACAGUUUGCAUUAUACCAGAGGAUAAUCACCACUUUGUUCGCUUGCAAGGUUUAGUGAAAGGAUAGGUUCACAUUAUUCAAGUUCUAGUCCUAAAACUGAACUCGCGUGCCCACAGGGACAUUGAAAUGGGCCACUGGUCCUUUUUGCUCUCCUGGCUGCAGAGAUCUGCUUCUAAAGCAGAUUCCAUGGAAAAGAUGGCCGACAAAAUCCACAAAUACAUUCUAAAGUUUGAAAAAAGCUACUCAGAAACUUCAGUUGUCUGAUUUAAGGCCUGGUCACAUCGUACAGCACCUAAAUAUUAAGUCAGGAAGUUUGGUGACAAUCCUGUCGUGGCCAGUUGGACAUGGUUCCUGAUAGUCAGUCACAACAGCUCCUGGAGAAUAGAUCUAUCUUCCCCUCUACUGCUCUGUUUAGUUAUUGAGGACAUUUUGCUCACCAUUGUACACCAUUUUGUCCUAUGAAAUUAUUAAGGAAGAUGGAAGAUGAAGCUUUCCGAGCUCAGCUCGGCAAUGACAGGACGGUGACUUGACAUUGUUUGUUCGAAAGACACAUUUGUCUCAUUAACUGUCUGCAAACUUUAGUGCAGCAGUUUAUACUCUGACAGAGACAGUUAAAUAAAAAGUGAACGGUGCAACACAGCUAGUAUAAGCCACAAUGGCUUCCUCCAUCUUGGAAUUUGCAGGUCAAAGUUUGAAAAUGCAAGACUGAAAUGUUUGCACAGAUUUACUUCGCUCUCCCGAGAUGAUUCAAUCAAUCACAGGGAUUCUGUUGAAAUGAAGUGAAAUUAUUGCAAAAAAAAUCCUUGUUUACAUUUUUGUGACGAGGCCUGCGUGUGGACAUCCUAAAUAAUCCAUCAGCCCAAAAUAAGUCUUUGGAGUACAAAAUGUGUUCUUUAUUUCCCCCUGGACAGUGUUUAUGUGAGCUCUGGUGGAGGGAUAGUAUCAAAAAGACAAACGCUGGAUUUUGGACGAGGGCACCGUUAAUACUAUCAUUUAUUCUUUUAAUACACAUAUUAGCAUGUUGAUGUUGUUUCAAGGAGAACUUGCAAUUGAACCUGUCCUUUAAAACCCUGCCGUGCUGCCUUCAGUGUCACUUGAGAUCAUUUAAGCCGAAGGUAUGUCGACACAUUAGUGUUAAAAAUGUGGAUUGAUUUAGUCUCCAUUUUGUGUUGAGGUAGAGUUGUUCUUUCCCGUUCUUGGCUUGUUAACCCAGUUCAGAACAGAGUGGAUACCAUCGCUGUUAAUCUGCCAUGUUGACACCAUCACACACACACACACACACACACACACACACAUACACACACACACACACACACACACACUCCCCCUGCCUGUCAGCUGCCUUCAUAUCUCUGGGAUCUGUAGUGCUGUUUGGAGGUGGGACUGUCGGACUCUGAGCAGGGAAUUUCACUGUGUAUCUCGUUGCCUUGUUUUGGACACUUUCGUGUGAAUGUAUUCAUGUUGUGUUUUUUGACUAGAAUAAAAGGCUUGCUCUGUA